CAAAACAAACCAAAAAACAGUAACAUUACCUUCCUUGGAGUAACAUAACAGCAACCUAACUCAAAAGAAUGUCUUUGGUAACCGAAGAAAUGAAAUCGAAAUCAGAGGUAUACCAUGGAGACGAAAUGUGUCAGCUCAAAUCCAAAGAGCUUCUGAGAGAAAUCGCUCUCCCCAACGGUCUGUUACCAUUGAAAGACAUCAUAGAAGUUGGUUACAACGAAGAAACAGGUUUCGUUUGGUUGAAACAGAAGAAAAGCAUAACACACAAGUUUGAAAAGAUUGGAAAACUUGUUUCUUAUGCUACGGAAGUCACAGCUUAUGUUGAAAAAGGUAAGAUUAAGAAACUGAAUGGCGUCAAAACCAAAGAGCUUUUCAUUUGGAUUACACUUAGUGAUAUUUAUGUUAAUGAUCCACCCACUGGUAAAAUCACUUUUCAAACUCCUGCUGGACUCUUUAAGACUUUUCCAGUUUCAGCUUUUGAAGUUGAUGAGAAAUCAACUGGUGUGAAAGAGAUCAACAACGAAGUCAAUGAAACUGUUGCUGGUGUUAAAGAGGUCUAGUUUUAGAUCUCUUUAUUGAUUAUUCAUGUGAUUGGUUGUUGCCGAAAUUUCAAGUAUUAAUUUACUUUACUUUUAUCUA